AUGGCCCACCGAAGUACUCGGUGGGUGAAAUUUAAUGUCGGGGGCCAAUAUUUCACCACGUCUCGGAUAACGUUGGCUAGAGACAAGAAUUCAUUCCUAUACCGAAUUUGCCACGACGAGCAUAAGUCGACAUCGGGACUCCUGAGCCUCGACGAGACGGGUGCAUAUAUCAUAGACCGUGAUCCGACAUACUUCAAUGUGAUUCUCAAUUAUUUCCGUUACGGGAAAAUCAAUCUCCCGAACUAUCUGUCGAAAGAAGGCAUUCUCGAAGAAGCAAUAUUCUACAACGUGACGGAGCUCGUAGCGCUCUUGAAAGACUCAAUACCGGAUAGCAAUCCGCCAGACACUGAUCUCGUACACCGAGUCAUGUUGUUUGAGGAGAAUGAAGUGGCAGAGAUGGUGUCAGCUCUCGAUGACGGCUGGAAACUACGUCAAUUAGUUCCGUUUGGAUGCUCCCGAAAUGUCUUCAAUGCAUCCAACCCCGAGUUCUUGUGCGUUGUGGCUCGAGAUAACUCCUCUCCUCGAGACGUUGGCCGCCCGGAGGUAGAUACGGAAUAGUCCCGAAGCCGUAGACUGAGCCUUGAGCGGACUUCUCUUCACAGGAUGAUCGAGUCCGGUCUCCAACAAGUCGUUUUCUGUCUUGUUCCAGUGACUUCUGCACGAGGCAUCCGAUGGUCGAUAUUCCAAGAAUGAUCUCACGUCUCAAUCU